CUGCUUCUUCUUCUUCUUAAGAUCUUAGGAAAGUGAAAUUCAGAAAAAGGAAGGCAUUCCUGUAGCUGGAAGGGGAGGAGUCACUCUCGCAAAGUGCACCAUGCCCAAGCCGACCGGCACAGAGAGGGCUCUGUUUAGAAAGCUGCUUUGCUUCGCCUCAGAGAGCCGGUUGGUAUUACAUCACCUCAGGCCCAGUUCAGUUAUUAGUUGAGUGCAGACACUUCCUGGUCUGUUUGCAACACACGCCGAAGGUCUUGCAGAAAGUCAGGGGGGCCUGAGGAACAUCGCCUGCCAGCUUGGCCAUGGCCCUGGUGGAGACCAUCCGCCUCUGGAGCGAGGGUGUCUCUGCGGCAGAUCGCAAGGACUGGGCCGGCGCCCUGGCCGCCUUCACUGCCGUUCAGAAGCCUUCUUCCAAAAUCUGCUUUAACAUCGGCUGCAUCCACCUGAUCAUGGGGAAUUUGGAGGAGGCCCAGCAGGCUCUUACCAGAAGCAUUAACAAUGACAAACACUUAGCAGUGGCCUACUUCCACCGAGGAUCCGUGGCCUACCAGAUGGAAAUGUAUGAGUCAGCCAUUAAUGACUUGAAAGAGGCAUUUGCUCAGCUGCGGGGGAACAACCUAAUAGACUACAAGAUCCUAGGCCUGCAGUUUAGGUUGUUUGCCUGUGAGGUGUUAUACAACACAGCCCUUGCCCAUUCCAAGCUGGAGGACUGGAAGAAGGCUGAGGAGCAUCUGGCCAGGGCAAUGAAACUGAAGAGCGAAGCCCGUCACAGCAAGAUUGACAGGGCCAUGGAAUCCAUCUUGAAGCAAAGAUUCUUUCAGCCCUUUGUGAUUCCUGAAGGGAAGUUGUUUCGGCCAAAUGAGAAGCAAGUGGCACAGCUGGAGAAGAAAGAUUACUUAGGGAAAUCUAUGGUUGUGGCUUCUGUGGUUGACAAUGAUGAGUUUUCAGGCUUUGCGCCUCUUCAGCCUCAGACAUCAGAACCACCUCCCAGACCAAAAUCACCAGAAGCCCUCAGGGCCCUGCAAGGAGAACCUCACAGAGUCCUGUACGAAUUCAUACCAGAAACAGCAGCGGAACUUGAAGUCCUUCCUGGAAACAUUGUUUUUGUCUUGAAGAAAGCGAAAGACAACUGGGCUACUGUUGUCUUUAAUGGGAAGCAAGGGAUCAUACCCUGCAACUUCCUAGAGCCAAUGGGAAUGAAAUUCUCUUCAGGCCAGCAAGGAAUUGGUGCAGAUGUUGACAUCCCUCCUCCACCCAGCUUUGCUGCCCCAGAUUGCCCUGAGAGGUGUCCCUCAGAUGAGGAAAGAGCACCACAGUUCAUUGGCCUGGACACCCCCUACAUUGUCAAAGUGCAUUACAAAUACACCAUAGCCCUGCAAGGGAGCCCUGAGAUGUCCUACUGCAGCCUCUUGGAGAAAGUGUGCCUGAAGCUGGGACUCUCACCCCAGCACACGAAACUGAGCUACCGACCUACAGACAGCAAGGAACUGGUGCUGCUCAGUGAGGAUAGCAGGAUGGAGACCGUGUGGAGUCAUGCCAGGGACAAGUGCUUGACAUUGUGGUGCAGCAGUGAGCAGGCAGGCAAAGACAAUCUAAAUAUGGAAGAUGGAAAGGAGGCUGAGCAGAAGAUAACAAAACAGACAGAUGCCAAACAGGUUGUAGCACGGUAUACUUAUGAAGCCAGCCAGCCAGAGGACUUGGAAUUCCAACAGGGGGAGACAAUACUUGUUCUGGCUAAAGUGAAUGAUGAUUGGCUGGAAGGGGAGUGCAAUGGAAAAGUUGGCAUUUUCCCCAAGGCCUUUGUUGAAGAAGACAGCAGCCAAGAUCCCAAAUUUCUCUCUACAGUGUAACAAGCUCAAAACCCUACAAAGAACCAAGAGGACCCCGAUGCGUUUUCCUCUGAAGGCAACUCAUCCCAUUAGAAUACAUUUAAUCCAUGUUCGCUGAAUCUUCUAGGGAUUGAUUUAUCUUA